AUGCAGGUCGAGGUGACGAAGGUGGACAGAGGGAAAGGAAGAGGGGUAGCUGAGGAAAAACGAUGGUCCGACCACGAGCCCGAGGACGAUGUCCUGCCCGCCCUUCCCCUCUUUGAGGACGUCACCACCGCCAAGAGCGCCUCGACCUCGACUACCCAUUAAUGAUCAAGCACACCAUCAUCACCUGGAACGUAAGAAGGGGCAUGGGGGUCCCGGAAAAACGACGUAAUAUCUACACCUACCUUUCCACAUUCAAAGCUUCCGCGAUUCUCUUACAAGAGCAUUUCAUCAGACCACAAUUCUGGCAGCUCAUCAAGGACGAGUACGAGGGCAAGCUCUUCAUCAACCAGCACUGCCUGACCCUGAUCCCGGCCGACUCGCCCCUGAUCGACGCCGAGCUCUUGCGCACCCACUCGGCACUCGACGGCCGGCUCCUCGUCACCUCCUUUCGUCUGCGGGGCGACAUCAAAAUUCUAGAAAUCAAUAACCUCUACGCGCCCGUUGACCCAAAACAACGAGCAAAAUUCUUCGACAAACUGAUCCUCCACAAAACACAGAAAUCCCACCUCCGACUCCUUGGCGGCGAUCUCAACGACUGCCCGCGCCCAGAAGUCGAUCGGCGGAACCAAAGUCGGCGCGGCCACCACUGGCCGAUUCUGAUGGGCAAGCUCGACUCGGCCUACACGGACUGCAUCCGCUACAAGCACCCCAUCACCCCAUCUUUCACUCGACCUAAUCCCAAUCGCAAGCGACCCAACUCCUUCUCCCGGCUUGACUACUUUCUCCUACAAAGAGCUCACCAAAAAAGGCUCGACCAGGCCUCGACGAUCUACGACUAUCCCAAGGAUCUUUCCGAUCACCGACCGGUCUUGAUCGUACUGGCUCUCUCAGACGAUCUUGAUGCGGCUCUCCCACAGCUCAGCCUACCUACCACAUCCAACCAACUACAUCGAAUCAAUACCACAACCUUCAAGACGGUGGAAUUUCAGCGGAUGAUGGAAGGAUGGUUGGAAGGGGCAAGCGGGGAGGAUCCGGUGCGAGAGCUUGAGGAGGUUCUGGAGGCGUGCAGGGACAGGGGUGGGGAGAUGGCGAGGAGGCUGCAUCGGGAGCGGACGGAACGGAUGGAGUAUUUGGUGGGGAGGGUGCAGGAUCUGGAGGCGUUACCGGUAUGGGGGGAGGCGGAAACGGCAGAAUGGACAAGGACGUCCGAGGAACUCAAGCGGGCGGUCGAGGAGCGCGCGCGCCUACUCCGGAUCCGAGCCCACGUCCCCGAGAUCGCUUCCGAGGAACGACUGUCGCGGCCGGUCCACGCCAAGCUCGCGGCGCGGAACUCGGACUCCAAGAUCACAGCACUGCGCUUGGGCAACGGAGAGCUAACGCAUGACAUUGAUGUCGCUCUUGACCACACGCAGGCGCAUUUCCAGCGCCUCUACCACAUCGAGCCUCGUGAUCCGGAACGCGUCGACCGACUUCGGGACGAACUCCUCGUGCCGAUCAGGGCGGCACGGACUUGCGACGACCCGCGCUCAGAUCCGCUCUUUCUGCGCCGACUCUCGGAAGCGCAGAUUGAUCUCCUCCAGCAACCCAUCACCGAGGACGAGGUCGUGGCCGCGAUCGGGACGACGCACCCGGGGCGAUCGCCGGGCCCGUCGGGCGUGCCUUACGAACUCUAUCAGACCGCACCGGAGGCGUGGUCCAAGGUGCUGACCAAGGCCUACAACGCGAUGAUCGAGCGCGGUUCACUCUCUCCCAAGCAGGGCCAGGGACUCGUGCGCCUCAUCUUCAAGCGCCACAAGAAGAAUGCCGAUCGCGCCGAACUCUCGUCGUAUCGCCCCAUCACCCUGCGCGAGUGCGAUUACAAGAUUUUUACCGAGGUCUACGUCGCCCGAUUGAACCAAAUUCUGCCCGAUCUCCUCCCGCCGCAGCAGCACGGCUUCGUCAAGGACCGCCGAUCGGCCGACGCUGCACUACACCUUCGUCUCCUGAUCGAGGAACUUGGCGCGCGCAGGACCGAGUUCCCCGCGGCCGCGCUCUUGUCUCUUGACCAAUCAUCCGCCUACGACCUCGUCGAGCAUGACUGGAUCUUUGCCAUUUUCGACGCUCUGGGCGUUCCUACCACCUUUCUUCGCGUGCUGAGGAUGCUCUACUCGGGUGACUCGACCUCGGCGCGCUACAUCAUCAAUGGGUUCCUGACGGCGCCGGUGCGACUGACGUGUGGGCUCGGCCAAGGGGACCCGGCGUCAUCGUCGGUCUGGGACAUCGUGUUUCAGCCGUUCCUGGAUGCUCUACACCGUCGAAACAUCGCGCUGAAUCUCUCCAUACCUGCACUUCAUCCGUACCCACAGAGCCGCGCCAUUACAUCACUUGCAUUUGCCGAUGACGUUGUCGUCGCCGUCGCGGGCUUGGAGUCACUCAACUUGCUCGAUGACCUGGCGCUCGACUGGAGGCAUGCAACGAAUGGCCGGCUCAACACGGACAAGACGGUCGUCCUACCGAUUGGACGUCGCUGGGACCCUGGGGAACGGCCAAUCGUCGUCAAGGCCGCAGGCGAGUCGCUCGAGUGGAUCGGCCUCCCCUUCGACCCCAGCGGCGACACCGAACUCGCCUACGCGAAUCUCAUCGAACGGCUCGAGGCGACGCUGGAAGCGGUUCAGCAUCGCUGGCUCACGCACCACACCCGUGCCUUUUACGUCAAUCGGUACGCCAUUCCCAAGAUCCUGCAUUUCCUUGCAGCCGACAUCCCGCCGCCCGAAGUCGUCAAGAAGCUCGAUGACAUGCUCGUCGAUUUCGUCCGUGGGGGCAAGGGCAGGACCAGCUACGGCAGAGACAUUGUGUUCACCGCCAAGAACAAGGGGGGACUCGGGGUGAUAAGGAUGCGGGACGUUGUGGACGCGGUUGCGGCACGGCUCUGGGACGUUCUUCUCGGCGGUUCCGGCGCGAUUUGGCAAGGACUUGCGCGCGCAGCACUCCAGCGAGCUCAGCCCGACCUCGACCUGGCCACCGAUCUCUGGCCACAUCCAUCCACUCCCAUCCCCAACGACCUUCAUCCCCGAUGGCACGCCGCACUGGGCGUUCCGAAACUUCACGACGUGCAGGUCAACCCGAGGGCCUUGACCACCGCGAACCUGCUCGCGCUGCCCACCCUGCUCGGCAGCCUCCACACCCCCAUCAGAGGGAGACAGACCAUCGACGCGGUUCAUGUACCUGACUACCUUCGUCUCCAGGGCUACCCGAAGGUGGCGGAUCUCUAUCGGCGCGAGUUGUAUGCGGGUGGGGGGUUUCACCUCUGGACGCCGCCGGCGGAUGUGCUCGGCGACAACAGCGAGUACGAUCGACGCGGGCUCCCGCAGCGACUGGCAAUCGCGGCCUGGUACCGGUUCACUGUCGAUCGACACAAGAACACCCCCUUGGCGGCGGCGGUGGCGGCGGGACGACUCAACGUGCCUCCCCGGAUCGGCACCAGCGCACCACUCGAGGCGAUCAUCCCCAAGCCCGUGGCCCGCUUCGCAAUGGAGCAGCGCCUUCCGGACCCGGUGCUUCCACAACAGGCGAGCCAGUAUACGCUGCUGAACAUGGCUCGCCCCUACACAGUCCGUCGCAUCCGCCGGGUCCUGAACGCGAAGGCAUUUACCAACAUGCUCGGGCUCAAGGGACCACCGCAGCCGGACGACCUCAGGAGCUUCUGGAAGGCGGUCAACUCGAAGGCACUGACAGCGAGGGAGAGGGAAGUUUGGUUCAAGCUGAUCCUCCGCUUCACCCCGACGCGCAAGCUCCAGCACGAGCAAAAGCAUGUCACUUCUCCCGCGUGCCUCGUGUGCGAAGCGCCGGUGGACGACACCGAUCACUACUUCUUCGGCUGCGUCGACUCGCGGAACGUCUGGACCGCGGCAAGGGGCGUGCUCUGCGACGCGCUCGGAUGCGACACGAUCGAGGACGCCGAGUACACGACACUACAACGACUCUUUGGCCUCCCCAAGCUCAAGGCCAAGCUCAGCGAACAGGAAGGCGCAGGCAGGACGAUCGAGAUCUUCACGGGGAUGGUCUUGGAGAUGAUCAGCAGUGGGAGAUGGAGGAUGCAGAAGCACGGGACGAGGAUGGAAAGCCUGGAGCGGAGGAGGGUGGUACUGGAGGAGAGGAUGAAGUUGAGGGCGGGGGGAGCAAGGGGCGGGCGAGGGCAGUAG